AUGUCACAAUCGAGUAUCCACGUCGUCUCGCAUCCUCUGAUCUCACAUCAUUUGGCGAAUCUGCGCCUUGCGGAUACCUCGCCCAAGGAGUUCCGCUCACUUGUGAGGAAUAUCUCGUCGGUCCUCUGUAUCGAAGCUUCGCGCUCGCUUCCCGUUAAGCAAGUUCAAGGCCAAGGGCCGUUGGCCACCUUUCAGGGCGAACAGCUCUCAGAACGCAUUGGUCUCGUCCCCAUUCUCCGGGCUGGUCUUGGAAUGACUGAAGCGUGUCUGGAACUGCUCCCCGAAAACACAUCGGUGCUUCAUAUUGGUCUUUUCAGAGAAAAAGUAUCGCUUCAGCCCGUCGAAUACUACAACAAGCUGCCCGUCUCUCCCACUGUCGACCAGGUGAUCAUCCUCGAUCCACUGAUCGCAACUGGUGGCACAGCUGUGGCGUGUAUCCAAAUGAUUCUGGAUUGGGGCAUUCCAGUGGAGAAAAUCAAGUUCCUCUGCGUUCUCGCGUCUCAGAAGGGUCUCGAGAAUGUGGUCAAAUCAGUGCCAGGGCUCGAGGUUUGGGUCGGCCACGUUGAUCCUCAGCUCAGCGAAAAGGGUCUCAUCCUGCCAGGCUUGGGCGAUACUGGAGACCGCUUGUUCGACACUCAGACCUAG